AUGUCGGCUGUGACGCCGGAACACAAUGCGAAUUUUUCGUUAGCGAGUCUCUCUGAUUAUCUUUUGGAAGAGGUCUUCUCACAUUUACCGCAGCCGGAUCGACUUAACAUGUGUCUUGUCAAUCGCAGGUUUUACCAAGUGGCCCUUAAACUGGUUUAUCGGAGAAUUUAUUUGAAUGAUUCUAAUGUGGUAAGGAGCGAUUUUAUGAAUUUGGCAAUCAAUUGGACGCUUUUGUCGCUACCUCCUUUGCUUUCCGAAGAGGAGUCGCGAUCGCUGGCGAACGACAAGUUAAAAAAAUUGAUAGCGACACUACAGUCCAACAACCAAGCCACACGGUGUGUGACGUGGAUCAGGAUUAACUGGGAUCUCGCCCCAUCAAUCCAAAAGACAAUUUUGGAAAUUCUGUGUAAUGAGGGCUCAGCUUUACAAAGACUUGAAAACGUUAUUGAUCCCAGCUGUAACGAUAUAAUAGCCACAGGGAAGAUCUCCAGUGGAAGUCUCACGAGUUUUGACAUGGCGCCCCCAAAUGCCAUGCCGGAACGUGAAGCGCCUCCAGACUACAUCCCAAAUCUCCAAAAAUUCAUUACUCGAAGGCUUUCGUCACGCAUCACGUACAUGAAUCUUUUCAUGGACCCUCUGCUUCUGUUUAAUUAUAUUACCCCAUUGCAUCAAAAAUUACAGGUCGCAGAUCUCAAGCUACACUGGAGAUGCGAGUUUUAUCCGCAACACUAUUUCACUACACCUGUCACCGAAAAAGUCCGCACGCGACUUUCGGACAUUUUUGAUAUACGAACCCUUAAAGUGUUAACCAUAAUUUCCUGGCACGAAAGUUUAAUGUCCAAAGAGAAGGAAAUUCUAAGACAAUUCGAAGAGUUCAAAAACGUCGAAGAUAUCUCACUAAUAUCCAUCAAACAAGACACGUUAGUGCUCAUGAGACUGUUUAGCAGUCUUUCUCAAAUAAAGCGUCUCAAGAUCGAUUUUGUCGGAGAGUCUCUUUUCCCAUCUGCUCGACCGGAGUUGUUUCUCACGAUUGUGCAUAGCUGUAAGGAUCUGGAAUUCUUGGAUAUGCGGUUCGAAGGUUUGGAUGUGCCUAUCAUAUCAAUUGAAAACGGUCUUUUCAAAAUAGCCCAGCAAUGUCACUGCGAAGCAUGUACCCAUCUCUUUGAGUCAGUUUUGAACGAAAAGAUAUUUCUCUUCCCCGAAGAUUUCAUCAUACAUGAUCUACAGGACAUUGUUACGAAAGAUAUUUUCAGUAUGAUGCGCCUAUACUCUCUUCUUCCUUAUUCCAAAGCUUGCGAUUCUUAUCCCAGCGUAAGGACUCAUCCUAUGGAUAUGGGAUCUUUCGUUUCGAUUGUAAACGAAAGACUGUUCAUGUACCGAAGCCAGAUGUCGCAGCUCACGCGACCUUCGGUUCUUUUCGAAAUGCAGAACGGGGACUGUGAGGAUCUAGACGAACUCGAGAUGCCCCAUUCGGCCAUUUCGAGAACAGACAUUGUCAAUUAUUACCAUGCGGUUAUACAUCAUUACCGCCGCACGUACGUUGCCCUGCUUCACCAAUUUCCAAAAUUAAGAUUUUUGAUCAUCAACGACAUUCCAACUGUAGUGACAGAGGAGGAUGGAGAUCGCGUUUUGCAUCCGGUAUUUUACAACGAGGGAUUCAAGAGCAACCUUGGCACUGCCUGCCAAAAAUCGGGGAAUUCACGAGAUGAUAAGGUGCUCGCGAUGAAAUCCGCUCAAAGGAAGGGCUGUAGGCGGGCAGCAUGA